GGCGCAAGUGGCCGGGUCGGCGGCUCUCAGCGCUGUGCCCGGCGGGAACCGAGGCAGAAGAGAGGGGGCGGGAUUUCCGUUGGGGAGGGGUCCGGCUGGGCAGGGGGCGGAGCCUUAGUCCUGCCCAGCCUCGCUUUCCGCGUGUCUGGCUUUACGCUCCUGGCUCUGUACAUCCAGUUGUUUACCUCUGCGUCCGCGGCCCUACCAUUUUUGCGGGCACGACUCUUCUUUGCUGUCCCCCAAGACAGCGGGGCGAGGGCGCGUGGGCGGCCAGAGGACUGAGGCUGCUCGGGGCACAGCUGAUGCCAGCAAGCUAUGACGCCAGCUUGGGGGGUCCUUCUCCGCCUCUCUGAUUCCGUGUAGCGGGAAGGAUGACCACGCUUACGCGACAAGACCUCAACUUUGGCCAAGUGGUGGCCGAUGUGCUCUGCGAGUUCCUGGAGGUGGCCGUGCACCUAAUCCUUUACGUGCGUGAGGUCUACCCGGUGGGCAUCUUCCAGAAGCGCAAGAAGUACAAUGUGCCGGUCCAGGUGAGCCCUACGGCCGGGCUGGGGCCAUUUGGCGCCCAGAGUCAGAGUUGGGAGAAGAUGUCCUGCCACCCGGAGCUGAACCAGUAUAUCCAGGACACGCUGCACUGCGUCAAGCCACUCCUAGAGAAGAAUGAUGUGGAGAAAGUGGUGGUGGUGAUUUUGGAUAAAGAGCACCGCCCAGUGGAGAAAUUCGUCUUUGAGAUCACGCAGCCUCCAUUGCUGUCCAUCAGCUCAGACUCCCUGUUGUCUCACGUGGAGCAGCUGCUCCGAGCUUUCAUCCUGAAGAUCAGUGUGUGUGAUGCUGUCCUGGACCACAACCCCCCAGGCUGUACCUUCACUGUCCUGGUGCACACUAGAGAAGCUGCCACUCGUAACAUGGAGAAGAUCCAGGUCAUCAAGGACUUCCCCUGGAUCCUGGCAGAUGAACAGGAUGUCCACAUGCAUGACCCCCGACUGAUACCCCUAAAAACCAUGACGUCAGACAUCUUAAAGAUGCAGCUCUACGUGGAAGAGCGAGCCCAUAAGAGCAGCUGAGGGUAUGCCUGCCACCCCCUGAUGCCACAACGGUUGGACUUUGGGGGCCCCCCCACCAGGGCUGUGCUGCAGGGCCACCUGAUUCCAAGUGCUCUUAUUGCCUCUCUGAAUGGACUGCCUGCCCUCAGCCAGCGGCUGCUCAGGUCUGGUUGCCUUCAUGGAAGAAGCCUCCCUCAGGAGGGCAGUGAAGGAUGCUGGGACCUCGGUUUUUCAGCCUCUUGGGGUUCAGCUGGCCAACACUGUCUGUCCAAAAUACUGUGCUGUGAGUUGUUUCAAUAAAAGGGCCCCAAGGGCUGAGCUGGGGUUUCA